AUGACAAUCCAGAAGACGGGUGGCAGAGGCCGGGCAGCAGCUGAGCUACUUGAACAGAGAAGGAGCAACCACAACUGUGAUGACAGGAAACAGACACUGUUAGCACUGCUGGUCCUGGUGCUGUACCUGGGCACAGGGAUAUCAGGAAGCAGCUGGGAAGUGUCAGGACGGACCAAGGACUGCAACCACUUUCAGAAUCCCGUGACAUCCCAGGGCUUUGACUAUCAGACCACUGAACCUGCUGAAGAGCCAUUAAGGGCCCUCAGGAAGUGGCUGAAGACAAACUUGCACGGAUUUUUGGAGAAGCUGGAGAAGGAAGUCCGAGAGCUGGAGCAGCUGGUGCGAGACCUGGAGUUCUGGCUAGAUGCGCUUCUAGGGGAGCCGCACCCAGAGGACCCCUGCUUCUCCACAAAGGUCAUUUGUGAAGGGCAGGUGCUGGGACCUGGGGAACAGAAGAGGAGGUGA